GUAUUGUAUUGUCUGGUGAGUCGUUGAACGUAGAGGAGGUACGAUCUCAGCUUUUCCGAUUUCCAGCGCGGUUCUCUUGAAUCCUAAAACCAUGAAAGCGAAACUGGAUUUAACGGCCGAGGUGGCAUGGUCGAAAUUGCAACAAUAUUACGACGCGAACGGCUCGAAACUUAAGAUAAUCGACCUCUUCCAGCAGAAUCCCAAGCGUUACGAAAAUUUUAGCUUAGAAAUUUCUACACCCGACGAUGGACCUAUUUUGCUGGAUUAUUCCAAGAAUCGUCUCACCGAAGAAGCAUUGCAAUUAUUAAUGGAUCUGGCAAGAGCACGUGAAAUUGAAGCUGCAAGGGAUGCCAUGUUCAAAGGAGAGAAAAUUAAUUUCACAGAAAACAGGGCAGUUUUACAUAUUGCCUUGCGUAACAGAAGUAACAAGCCAAUACUGGUUGAUAAUAAAGAUGUAAUGCCAGAUGUGAACGCCGUAUUGGAUCAUAUGAAACAGUUCACUAACGAGGUAUUGUCGAAACAGUGGAAAGGAUUCACCGGCAAACCGAUCGAAGAUGUCGUUAACAUUGGAAUCGGUGGCUCAGAUUUGGUAGUUGUACAUUAUCAGUUACCUGGUUGA